UGAGAACUUUUCUCAGGAUUCUCUCAGUGUGGACGAUGAUUUGGGGUCACCAGAGGCUCUUCUUCUCCAUCACAGACACCGAAAUCUCCGAUCGAUUUCCUCCGAUCACCAUGUGGAAUCCUCUCCUGGGAUUGGCUCUUCUCCUCCGCGGUGUUCCCGCUCUCAGCAGUGACCUCUCCUUCCUCACGGAGCCGGCCGACGCCGUGGCGGUCCGGAAUCAGCCGCUGACCCUCCACUGCCUGGCGAAAGGGGAGCCGCCCAUCAACAUCACCUGGUACAAGGAUGGCGAGCCCCUCCCCGGCGCCGCCCCCCAAAUCCAGCAGCUCCGCAACGGGUCGCUCUGGAUCGGACACUUCCAGAAAAGGCAGCGAAACGCGUCGGGCGCCGGAGAGUACAGCUGCUCCGCCCAGAACCGAUACGGGAGGCUGCUGAGCCGCAAGGCCAAAGUCCAGCUGGCAUUUCUGUCUCACUUCCAUCUGAACCCCCAACCAAUGGGCGUAGCCGAGGGGGGAGUCGCCCGGUUCCACUGCCUGACCACAUCCGUCCCAAAAGCCACCAUAACCUGGGAGAGAAACCGUACGGUCCUGUCCACCUCCGACCCCAGGUACACCGUCCUCCCCGAUGGCAUCUUGCAGAUCUCAGGCGUAACACACGAUGACGUCGGCACUUACAGAUGUCUGGCUAGGAACCCGGCCAACAGCCGACACAGCAAGGAGGCGUGGCUGACUCUAGCAGACUCCACCAAUCCCAGUAACCAAGAACCGGUCAUUCUCUCCGGCCCGCAGAACCAAACUCUAACCAUCCACCAGACCGCCAUCUUGGAAUGCGUCGCCACUGGCAACCCGCGUCCAAUCGUGUCCUGGAGCCGACUGGACGGGCGAUCGAUCGGAGUGGAAGGGAUCCAGGUUUUGGGCAACGGAAACCUGAUGAUAUCCGACGUGUCCGUGAAGCAUUCUGGCGUCUACGUCUGCGCUGCCAACCGUCCGGGUACGAGGGUCCGGCGCACAGCUCAGGGGAUGUUAUUGGUCCAAGCGCCGCCAGAGUUUGUGCAAUGGCCGCAGUCGGUGAGCCACGCCCCCGGCGACAACACCACUUUCUCCUGCGAAGCGCGAGGGACGCCGGAACCCACUCUCGUGUGGUUGAAGAACGGGAAAUACCUAAGUCUCCAAAAGAACGCCAGACUGAGCGCCGACAACCGCACUCUGACCAUCUUCAGGGUCACCUCCGCAGACGAGGCCCUCUACCAGUGCAUCGCCGAGAACAGCGCCGGAACCAGCCAAGCCAGCGCCCGGCUGGCGGUCACCCUGCCGCCGGAUUCGCCAAAGGCCCCGGAGAGGGUGAUGGUCGUUCCCAUUUCUACUACCUCAGUCCGGGUGACGUGGGCCGAGCCCCCGCCGGAGGCCAUGGACGGGAUAAUCGGAUACGUUCUGCACAUUUGUAAAGAUGGAGACCCGAGCACUCAGGAGAUGCAGGAAGCUCUAAGUAAGACCACCUUCCAGCACACGGUGAACAAUUUGGACCCCUCCACGGAUUACGUCCUCUUCCUGCGGGCGUAUUCUCCCCUGGGGACCAGCCGGGACUCCCGAUCCAUCGUGGUCACGACACCCGGGAGAGUCCCUAGGACUCCGGACUUCUCGGUCACUGUGGUCAAUGAAAGUGCUGUGCAGGUCGGCUGGGACGCGGCCGCUGCUGGGGCGGCCGUUCGGGGUUACAGGCUGGAAUAUCGCAGGAUACCGUCCACAACCUUCCAGGGGGCUCAGACUCUGCCGGGAAACCAGACUUCCUUCGUCUUCUACGACCUUGAAUUGUCCUCUCUGUAUGAGAUCCGAUUGGUGGCUUUCAGCAGCGGAGGUGAUGGGAACAGCACUCAGCGAUUCGUCUCACUAAAGCCCAACUGGAACAUGGCACCAGAUCCAGCCCCGGCCUGUCUUUGUGAGGAAGGAGAGACGAUGUCCGGACUGGUACUAGGAAUCCAUAUUGGAGGGGCUUGUAUUGUCCUCUGUCUUCUCUUGCUCUUUGUGGUGCAUUGGAAGAGCCUCUUAUGCAAGACAAAGGCCAACUGGACCACCAGCCAUGUUGUGGAGAACAAGCAGAACCAAAACUUAAUGGUCGAGGAUGGGACUUCAGAAGAAGUGGAGGAGCUUCUUUCAGAGAAUCCCAUGACCAAGCCAGAAGCCGCUUUGCCUCUUCGAAGAGUUGUUGAUGUAGUAUGCCACAAAGACCAAAGUCAUGAACCAUCUCAAGGAUUUCAGAAAGAUCAGAGUCACGAACCAUCUCAAGGUCCUCAAAAAGACCAACGUUGCAAACCAUCUCAAGGUCUUCAAAAAGACCAAAGUCACAAACCAUCUCAAGGUCUUCAAAAAGACCAAAGUCGCAAACCAUCUCAAGGUCUUCAAAAAGACCAAAGUCACAAACCAUCUCAAGGUCUUCAAAAAGACCAAAGUCACAAACCAUCUCAAGGUCUUCAAAAAGACCAAAGUCACAAACCAUCUCAAGGUCUUCAAAAAGACCAAAGUCACAAACCAUCUCAAGGUCUUCAAAAAGACCAAAGUCACAAACCAUCUCAAGGUCUUCAAAAAGACCAAAGUCACAAACCAUCUCAAGGUCUUCGAAAAGACCAAAGUCACAAACCAUCUCAAGGUUUUCGAAACAACCAAAAUCUUGAACCAUCUCAAGGUCCUCAGAUCUGAACUGUAAUUCCUCACCUAUUCCUCAGCCACAAAAGCUACCUCACUAAAAAAUUUCAGAAGAUCUUUUAGAAACAAUGCUUUCUAUUCAACAAAAACUACCUACUUCAACACUUUAAGUUCGAUUGCUCUUGCAGAAUCCCACGACCAAGCCAGAAGCCGCUUUGCCACUUUGAAGAGUUGUUGACGUAGUAUGCCACAAAGACCAAAGUCAAGAACAAUGUUGCAAACCACCUCAAGGUCUUUAAAAAGACCAAAGUUACGAACCAUCUCAAGGUCCUCAGAUCUAAACUCUAAUUCCUCACAUAUUCCUCAGCCAAAAAAGCUACCUCACUAAAAAUGUCAGAAGAUCUUUUAGAGACAAUGCUUUCUAUUCAACAAAAACUACUUACUUCAACACUUUAAGCUCAAUGUUUCUUGCAGAAACCCACGACCAAGCCAGAAGGGUCUUUGACACUUCGAAGAGUUGUUGACGUAGUAUGCCACAAAGACCAAAGUCAUGAACCAUCUCAAGGUCCUCAAAAAGACCAACGUCACAAACCACCUCAAGGUCUUCAAAAAGAUCAACGUCACAAACCACCUCAAGGUCUUCAAAAAGACCAACGUCACAAACCACCUCAAGGUCUUCAAAAAGACCAACGUCACAAACCACCUCAAGGUCUUCAAAACGACCAAAAUCUUGAACCAUCUCAAGGUCCUCAAUCUGAACUCUAAUUCCUCACCUAUUCCUCAGCCACAAAAGCUACCUCACUAAAAAUGUCAGAUCUUUUAGAGACAAUGCUUUCUAUUCAACAAAAACUACCUACUUCAACACUUUAAGCUCAAUGUUUCUUGCUCUUGCAGAAUCCCACGACCAAGCCAGAAGCGUCUUUGCCUCUUCGAAGAGUUGUUGAUGUAGUAUGCCACAAAGACCAAGGUCACGAACCAUCUCAAGGUCCUCAAAAAGACCAACGUCGCAAACCACCUCAAGGUCUUCAAACAGAACAACGUCGCAAACCAUCUCAAGGUCUUCAAAAAGACCAAAGUCAAAAACCAUCUCAAGGGCUUCAAAAAGAACAAAGUCGCAAACCAUCUCAAGGUCUUCAAAAAGAACAAAGUCGCAAACCAUCUCAAGGGCUUCAAAAAGAACAAAGUCGCAAACCAUCUCAAGGGCUUCAAAAAGAACAAAGAGUUCCGAGGGCGCUUUUGGUUCCCAUCGCCGCUGCAGUGCGGACCAGGA